UCCCUGUUAACGGCACAUCGGCAUGUGAAGUGGACGUUUAAGCUGACAUUAGGGCGGUAGCUUUGCCCGCUGCUAUGUCAACACUAGCGGCGUUACGGUCGGAGGGUCCACCUUGGCGCUGCGCUAUCCAGCAAACAAAAGAACAUUCACCUCUGCUGCACUGAAAUGAUUAUUUAGACAAGAUCGAUACACCACAUGGAAAACGUAAUAAAAUAAUCGGCACCGACUCGGCUCAUGAAGCCCAAGGACAACAUGGCGAUGCCGGUGAAGAAGAAGAGGAAGUUCCCUGGCGCGGAGGACCAACGGAUCAGAAAGUGUAAAAUCACAAGCUUCACGACAAGAACCCCGCUCCAUGGGGAGCAUGUGCUGGGUCCAGAGAAGACCUUCUCCACUAAGAAGUGCAUGGCCUGGUUCCAGGUGUAUGCCGGUCCAGACCACGUCCUGGGCCCAGAUGGAAUGGAGAAGUUCUGUGAAGACAUCGGGGUGGAACCGGAGAAUGUUGUCAUGUUGGUCCUAGCCUGGCGAUUACGGGCUGUUAAUAUGGGUUUUUUUACUAAAGAAGAGUGGCUCGAAGGAAUGUCCUUAUUAAAGUGUGACAGCACAGAGCGGUUACAGAGCAAGAUGGAGGACCUCCGCUCUGGCCUGAACGAUGCAGCGCUCUUUAAAAACAUCUACAGAUAUGCCUUUGACUUCGCCAGGGAUAAAGACCAGAGAAGUCUGGACAUGGACACAGCCAUGUCCAUGCUGGACCUGCUGCUAGGGAGAACGUGGCCUCUCUUCCCCCUUUUUCACAAGUUCCUGGAGCAGUCCAAGUACAAAGGGAUGAACAAGGACCAGUGGUACAACGUCCUGGAGUUCAGCCGCACCAUCAGCACAGACCUCAGCAACUACGAUGAAGACGGAGCGUGGCCCGUGCUGCUAGACGAGUUUGUGGAAUGGCAGAAGACUCGGCCGAUAGCCUCAUAGCGGUGGAACUCAACCAAACCAACCCUGAGGAAGAGUGGGGGGGGUGGGGGGACACUCACCGGUUCGCUCGCUCACUCACCACAAAACGGAAACAGAAAAACCAACAAGAAAAGUUGAGGGUUCUCAGCUGUACUCUGGACUACAGACUCAUCCGAUGAACUACAUAAACACUCAUGCUUAUGGGUUACAAGCACAUGCAUGUACACACACACACACACACCAUACAUGCAAACACUCACGCACUCCACAGAUCACUCAAUGGCCCUGUUCACUCUCCAAGCAGCCGUUUGAGCCGUUAAUCUCAUGAGAGACUUUAUACAGUGUUAAUUUAAAAAAGAUCGGAAAAAUAAUAAUGGGGCGGGGGUUGGUACG